GUCAAUUAUCGCACAUGACUCGCGUAACGAUCGUUAACGAUACCGCGGCAUUCCGAAAUUCAGGGCUGCUGGAAUGCCGCGAUGAAUUUCCCACGUUUCAAUCAUUGCUCCGUUUGCUUUCUCGCACACCGAAGCUACAAUCACAGCCGCGAGCCUUUGACAACUAACUGAUGUGACCAUGGCCAGUCCAAGGACGCGACGAGUGCUGAGUGAAUUGAAGCCGAAGGACGAGAACAAUAAAUGUUUCGAAUGUGGCAACCACAAUCCGCAAUGGGUAUCCGUGACGUAUGGCAUUUGGAUAUGCCUGGAGUGUUCAGGCAAGCAUCGUGGUUUAGGUGUACACUUAUCGUUUGUCCGUUCUGUCUCUAUGGACAAGUGGAAAGAUGUAGAACUGGAAAAGAUGAAGGUCGGUGGCAAUAGAAACGCCCGAGAGUUCUUUAAAAGUCAAUCCGACUGGGUCGAAUCUAUGUCCAUCUCACAGCGUUAUAAUACAAAGGCGGCGGCAUUAUACAGAGAUAAGAUCGCUACAUUGGCGAAAGGAGAACCUUGGAGUCCAAGCAGUUCGACAGCAAAGGACUUCCAGCCUUCGACGUUCAUUAAAAAUAAGCAAGAAUAUUCGUACCAGAACGAGCUGUCUCCUUCUUAUCAAAAUAUGGACUCCAAUAAUCUGAAGAUGCAGACGGAAUCCUUCUUUGCAAAGAAACAGAAUGAAAAUGCCGGUCGUCCAGAUAAUAUCCCACCUAAUCAAGGCGGUAAAUACGGUGGUUUCGGCUAUCAGAUGGAUCCACCACCCAAGAGUUCGUCCCAGGAAUUGUUCGACACUGCAGUAUCAUCAUUAGCGAGUGGAUGGUCAAUAUUCUCUUCCUCGGCGUCAAAAAUAGCAAGCAAAGCUACCGAGAAUGCAAUUAAGAUCGGAGGACUCGCGACGCAGAAGGUUCGUGAUGGCACAUUAUUAGAGGACGUAGGAGCCCAGGUCAAUCAUUUGGUUACAAAGGUUGGAGAUAUAACAAGACGGGGAGGAUGGGGUGAUAUUGCUGGGACCAAUUCAGCGGAACAACAGAGACAAUAUGAUUCCGCAGAUCGAUAUCAGUAUUCUUCUGAUACGUAUCAGAAUAGCGAUUUAAUAUCGAAUCGCUCCAACGAAAAAUCGUCUCUUGUAAGAAGCUCCAGUUUAAAAAGCAACAUUUCCGCUGGAGAUUCUUCCAACACCUCGAACUGCGAUUGGGAUUGGGGCAACGACACGAAACAAACGAGCAAGACGGUAACUUCGAAGAGACAACCAAAGGCGGAGAGAAGAGAAGAAUCAUUGAUCAAUUUCGAAACGGACAAUAAGGCACAACAAAAUUGGAACUCGAAAGCGGAAGACGACGCCUGGGAAAUAUUAAAUAAUUAACCCUGAUAUCAUUAGCGCGAAUUAGGAAAUGAGGAUAUCGGUAUAUGUUAAUUUUAAAGAGAAUUAAAGGACGGAUACAUGCAUUUAUAUGAGAUG